CGCCAUGUCUUCUUCUUGAUUCUCAUCAAAAAGCAACAUCUGAAAUCAUCACUAAAUAAUAAUACGUUACACUGCGGGAUUUCACCGACACCAUGCAUCAGCUACCGGAGAAGCCCCGUAAUACACAACCAAAACCUCGCUAAGCGCCACGACAGGCCCGUAAAUCCCAAUUUAGGCUAUCCCCUCAAAAAAGGGCCCUUCUGCAAAUACCGGAGCCAUCGAGCUGCCUAAAAGAGGCAUUGCAAAAUCAAUUGGCCCCAGUCUCGACCAAAAGAACCUUGGUUCUGGAGCAGAAUAGGCAGCCAGCAGCCGAAAAACCUCUACGGCACAUCUUCACCGGCGUCAUGCUCGGCGUCAUCAAUUUUGCCAAAAGCCAAAAGAUCCAACGCCUCGGCUGUGUGUCAAUGCCAAAGUUUAAUGCUGUUGCAACUCGACUCGCCCUUUUGCGGACGACGUCCGGGCGCACAGGGCAGACUAGCGGGCAUUACAUCUCUUGCCCACCAACCAAAAGUGCCCAGAGUCAGCCACCAGAUCGCUGGGACACCCCCAAACUCUCACAAAAACACGGCAGAGGAUAGCACGCCACCGCCCAGAGAUGAACCCCGGGUCCACACCCCAGAGGCCCAUCAACCCCAUCUGCAGUGGUCAUCCAUCAGCUGCGCACGACUCGCCCGUAGCAAAAAAGUCACAGGCCAAUUCUGCAAGCACUACCCAACUAAGAAGGUCCGUCUUCCCCAGUGGGCUAGCUUGGCCUGUAGCAGCAUCCACUUGCGCACGCGAGCUGCACAAUGACCAUAGCGCGGGCUCGCCGGUAUCUUGCGGUAGUUGAUUUGGGGUAAUGGGGCCGAAAAAAGUUGGGGGAGGCCACACGCCAAAGACGGGAUAAAUAUCGACAAAGUUCCCCCUCCCACCCCUUGGACAGGCUGGUGUUGUUUCCGUCACGCUUCUAUCCCUUCCCAAGUCUCACAUACUCUUCUCUCAGUAUGCGUUGGGCUUCUACUGCUGCGGCUGCCGCCCAGCUGCUUGGCCUUGCCAGCGCCUUUGUGCCUAUUGCACCCCUCGUUCACCAGGUCGACCCUCACGCCGCCAACGUUGCCGGCACUGACAAGCUUACACCCGCCGCUCCCAGCUACACUGCCGGCUUCUUCGACCAGCUGAUUGACCAUGCCAACCCAUCCCUGGGCACCUUCAAGCAGCGCUUCUGGUACAGCGCCGACAACUACAACGGCCCCAACUCGCCCAUUGUUCUCGCCUCCCCUGGCGAGUCUGGCGUCGAGGAAAAGUACAUCAACUUUGGCUCAGCCUACACCCCCAACGUGUAUGCUGCCAAGCUUGGUGGCGCUAGCAUCCAGAUUGAGCACCGUUACUUUGGCAAGUCGCUGCCCUACCCCGAGGACCAGCUCAACACCGAGACCUACCAGUACCACACACUCGACAAUGCUGUCCAGGAUCUCAUCUACUUUGCCAAGAACGUUGAUCUUCCCUUCACCAACGGCACAUCUACUCCCGAUGUUGCCCCCUGGGUCCUUGUAGGCUGCUCCUACUCGGGUGCCCUCGCCGCCUGGGUCCAUGCGCUGUCUCCCAACACCUUCUGGGCCUACCACUGCGGUUCUGCUGUUGUCGAGGCUAUUGAGGACUUCUGGACCUACUUUGAGCCCGUCAAGGCUGCCCUUCCCAAGAACUGUACCGCUGAUUGGCAGCGCAUUGUCAAGCACGUCGACUCUGUCCUUGACAGCGGUGACCAGAAGGCCAAGGACGACCUCAAGGCCAAGUUCAACCAGACCGGUACCACCGACGUUCAGUUUGCUGAGGCCAUGACCGGCUGGUUGGGUAACUGGCAAGGCCAGCAGCUCUACUCUGGCUACAGCCAGCCCUUCAAGGUCUGCGACUACAUUGAGAACCAGUACCCCGGAAGCAGAACCCCCAACCCCGAUGCCAACGGUGUUGGUCUCGACAAGGCUAUUGCCGGUUUUGCCAAUGCUACCCGCGCUGCGUGGUGGAACAUUCCUCCUUUUACCGGCCUCGACGCCAAAUCUUGGAGCUGGUACCUCUGCAACGAGCCUUUCGAGUGGUGGCAGGCAUAUGCCUCGGCCGAUACCACCGGCUUCAUCCCCAAGCUCUUCACCACCAAGGCCGCCAUCAAGGAGGCGUGCCAGGACGUAUUCCCCGACGUCAAUGGCCACCAGUACGGCCUCAAGAAGGGCCGAACUGUCGAGCAGCUCAACAAGCGCACCGGCGGCUGGAACCAGGUCAACACCAAGCGUCUCAUGUGGAUCAACGGUCAAUUCGACCCCUGGAGAGAUGCCACCGUCUCCUCCAGCCGACGCCCUGGCGGCCCUCUCAAGAGUACCAAGGCGGCGCCCGUCUUUGACAUUCCCAAGGCCGCCCACUGCAACGACUACAUUUACUACAAUGCCAAUGCCAACCCUGCUGCCGUCAAGAUUUUCGACAGCAUGGUCAAGCAGAUUGUCACCUGGGUGGAUGAGUUUUACGCUUAAACAGUGGCCGGCCUCAAGGCCAUGACGAAAUGUAUAUGCAUAGACAUGAUAUAGACUUUUUAAAUACAUGUAAAUAACGUUUAUUUCCG